UAUAUAUACAAUGAUGUCUUCUUGUAUAGUGUUUUUAGUGCAUAGAAUAAUAAUGACUUUGUUGUAUGUUGUUUUUAUUAUGUUUUUUAUUACAUCAUGUGAAGCAAAGUUGCAAAUACCUAAGGACGUAAAUAUUACUGCAAUUUUUGCUUUUGGAGAUUCAAUUGUGGAUCAAGGAAAUAACAACAAUUUAUUGACACUAGCAAAGUGUAAUUAUUUGCCUUAUGGAAAAGAUUUCAUGGGUGGAAAACCAACUGGAAGAUUCAGCAAUGCCAAGACCCCAGCUGACAUGUUAGUUGAAGAUUUUGGAAUUAAGAAGCUGAUGCCAGCUUAUUUGGAUCCAAAUUUAAAUGUCGAAGAUUUAAAAACUGGAGUAAGUUUUGCUUCAGGAGCUUCUGGAUUUGACCUUUUAACCUCUAUUACCGCGGCAGCAUUACCACUAUCAGUACAAUUAGCUCUUUUUCAACAAUAUAUUUGGAAGAUGAAGGGUCUUAUUGGGGAAGAAGAAACAAACAAAAUUGUUAAAAAGAGUCUUUAUAUAGUAGUAGCUGGCAGUGAUGAUCUAUGUAAUACAUAUUACAUGCUCAAAAUUCCAAGGAAGAUACAGUACAAUGUUGACUCAUAUACAAAUCUUAUGGUGGAUGGAGCUUCCAAUUUUGUCAGCGAUUUGUACAAUAUGGGAGCAAGAAGAAUUUGGAUAUUUGGUCUUCCACCAAUAGGGUGUUUGCCAUCACAGAGAAUGCGAGCUGGUGGUCUACUUAAAAUUUGUGUGGGCGAAUACAACCGAGCCGCACUAAUGACCAAUGCCAAAUUGGCAUCUAAAAUUGAUUCAUUAUCCGGAAAAUUGCCUCAAUCGGAGCUUCUUUACAUCAAUAUUUAUGAUCCUUUACUCGAUCUCAUUGUCAAUCGCGAUAAAUAUGGUUUUGAAGAAGCAAAAAGUGGAUGCUGCGAAGGAAGGAACCAAUUCUUAUUAUGCAGCAACAGCACCGGAACAUGUGAAAAUGACGCAAAAUAUUUGUUUUGGGAUGGUUAUCAUCUUACUGAGAAAGGUUAUAGGGUUCUCCUUGAUCAAAUUUUCAAUAAAUAAUUUAAUAAUUAUCAAGAUUAUAUUAGGUUAUCUAGUUAAUAAAUAUUGGAUUGAAUAAAGAUAAAAAAAUAAUUUAAAAUAAUUUUUUAA